CCUGAGGAUCAGUCACUCAGGUAGCAGGGCUUUUUUUGAAUUGCUUCAGGUAUGAGCACAGGCAUCUUGAGACUUCUGCUCUGUGGAUUUCAACCUCAUGAUUUUUUUCUCUGAAGUGAUUCUUCAAAUCACAUAAAGCUAACCAUGCAAAGCAGAAAAGAAGAAAUACGGGCGUAUCAUCACCUGACAGAAACCCGUGAGACCUCACUGGCAGCCAGAGACAUGCACAGACCUGGUGAAGUCUGAGCAUGCAGAUAGGCUGUGCUUUGCCCACGCCCAAGUCAGACGCUGUUUAGCUUCAGAGAGUUACAGAAGCCCUGGAUCUCUGACUCCCUUCAGUAAAUCUUGACGAUGUUCCUUGCUAAAGCUUUGCUGAGCGGAGGAAGUGGCAGUGGUCGUGGAGGGAGCCUUGCACGUGGCCUUGGAGGCCUCCUAACAGGAGGUGGUGGACAUGGAGGGAAUAUUGGAGGACUCGUCGGAGGUCUUGUCAAUCUUAUAAGUGAAGCAGCAGCUCAGUAUAAUCCGGAGCCGCCUCCGCCUCCUCGCAAUCAUUUUACAAAUGUGGAAGCUUAUGAGAGCGAGGAGAUCAGACGGUUUCGUCGCCUUUUUGCCCAGCUGGCUGGAGAUGAUAUGGAAGUGUGUGCCACAGAGCUGAGGGACAUCCUGAACAAAGUUGUUUCCAGACAUCAAGACUUGAAGACGGAUGGCUUCAGCUUGGACACGUGCCGUAGCAUGGUAGCCGUCAUGGACUGUGACACAAACGGCAAACUGGGCUUUGAAGAGUUUAAGUACCUGUGGAACAACAUCAAGAAAUGGCAGUGUGUGUACAAGCACUAUGACACUGAUCAGUCAGGCACUCUUGGGAGAGCUCAGCUGCCAAACGCCUUGAAGGCUGCAGGGUUCCACCUGAAGGCAGAACUCCUCCAGGUCAUCGUGCGCAGAUACGCCGACGAGGACGGCAGCAUGGAUUUCAACAACUUCAUCAGCUGCUUGGUGCGGCUGGACAGCAUGUUCCGCACCUUCAAGUCCCUGGACCAAGAUGGAAGUGGGCAGAUCAAGGUGACCCUUGAAGACUGGCUGCAGCUGACCAUGUAUUCCUGAAGGCAUAGCGGAGAAGAGCAAGCUUCGUCUGGAAGAUACACAGGGAAGGCUGCAAUCCUGUGCUGUGGAACUGUAGUCUUUUCCUUGUUCUAAGGCAGUUGGAGCCAGGGGUAGAUGGCUCAGCUUCAAGUGUUGUGAUUCCUCUUGUGCAUGCAUUAGUCUGCUUUUCUGAAGGGUUUGUGUAAGUUGUCGACUGGACAUAAGUCUGUCUCAGAAAACUAACUCUAGACUCUUAAAGUGGGGAAAUAUAUUGAAAGAAUCAAAACUUCGCUCUUUCUUUACGUAAAGUGGCUUGUUUAUGAGUGUAACUGUUAUAUAAAAAGCUCCUACAUUUAGUGUUGGUGUUGCUUUUCUGGUUUGUCAGCAGUCACUAAGCUUGAAUAAAAGUCUGUUUGCCUGAAGGCAAUCACUGGUAGAGUCAUGCAGUUAUUUCUAGCAGGGGGAAGAACUUUGGAGUUGCAAUAACUAUAAUGACCAGAGAAUUUACAUAACCAUUUAAUUUCCUUCCUACUUAUGCUUUUCAUGCUUGGCUGCUGAAGCAAAACCUAAGUUGUACUGUCAGUUCUACCUGCUGGUCAGGGCAAAAUUGAAAACUUUUAUGAGGCUACUUUUACAAUUUUCUCCUUCCUACAAUUCUAUGAACUACUCUUUUCUCUCUUUCCUUCAAGCUUUAGUAUAGUUAUAAUGAAAUCAACAUAAAAAACUGCAUUUAUAUUUAGAGAAAUUUGCUGUAAUGAUGCAGUGACAUAGCAGACAGCUAGCCCAAAUCAACCUCUGGCUAUCCAAGUUAAAUUUCAUCAGGGUGCAGCAUCCCACUCUGGCUUGCUAUGUAUUUCUGGCUAAGAUGUCAACUUUUGAGAAAAAAAAAUUGGAAAACAUGAACUGUUAAAGGUACAUUUCUUUGAAUUAAGGAUUACACAGUUGAUCAAAACAGCUCUUGCACAAAGCAAAUUUCUCAGCAGGCGCUGCCGCUUUAAAUAAAAAUUGUCUGGGGUGACUCACUGAGAAACACCACACAAUACCUGCAGGGCAUCUGCAUGUUAAUGGAGUAUGUGGUUUGGUUUUGUUUGGAAACUUCCUUAGCUUUGAUUUCUAAAUCUUGCAGUUACACUUAGCAAGCAGUAUUUUCCAGAUUGCUGAUAAGUCCUCCCUGGUCUGCUUAGGGAAGCCUUUUACUCGAAACUUAGGAGAAAAUAACUUACAAUUUUUGCCCAGACUUUUUUUCCUCCUGCACUUUGUUUAAUAGCAAGCUGGGUAACAGAAAAAGCCCAAGCUGUGAUGAAAGAGGUCAAUUCCUUCCUGGUGGCAUUCACUCCCCUCCCAGUUAUCCUGUGGAAAAGCACAUACUGCCAUUUGGGCUCUGAGUAAUAGAAUAGUGAGCACAAGGUAAAGAGUGAUACCUCCAGGUGAGCACCACCCUACCAGGUUGGUUUCAGAAAUUUCCCUUUCUGACUAGUUAGAACUUGCAAGUGGCAACAGGUGAUGGAAAUUUGGGAGUUACAGCAAUAGCCUCGUACAUGAUGAGCCUGGGUAUGAACAUGAGAGGUGCAUCUGCAGUUCCUCCACAAAUGGUCCAGUUAGUUGUAGCUUCUCUGUGGUAACCCUGUAAGUGACUCAGGGUUUAUUUACCUAAUAAUUUAUUUACCUGCCAUGAAUGGCAUGCACACACACAAUACACACUUGAUUUUUCCUGUUGCCUUACAUAGUGAGAAAAAUGUAUUGAUGCAGUAGUACUUUAUACUGCAUCUGUCCUGCAGUCCUUGUGCAGAUCUAAGUGGGGAAUGCUUAUGACAAUGCAACUUCCUUGUUUUUUCUAAGAUUUACUGUAUUAUAUAAAAACACAACCACAAAAUCCCAGUUACCAUAGCAUGCUAUAGUGAAAAGAGUAGCAGGAAACUAGUUUGUUUAAGGAAAACAAGAGUUGUUAAGGUUGCUCUAUGUUUUGGUUAUUUUAUGUAACAUAAAUACAAAUACCUAAAUACUGAUGUUCCCCUUUACCAUUUAGAGAAUUGGAGCUCAGCUCACAUGUUGCUUCCUUAUUCUUGGGUACAAAGGCUGCAAACACAGCUAGAUAUGUUAGGAAAGACAAUUGCAAGUGCUUUUCUACUGUGGUGUUAAACAAGCACUGAAGGUUUUCCUGUGUUUUCAGUUUAACUCCCAUCCCUUUUUCCAAGUGACAACCCCAUUGUUUCUCCUUAACCAAAAUGCCAGAGCGUUUGGGAGUUAGCCAGCAUCCUAGGGUUUAGUAAAGCUAGUCACAACAUGACCUUGCAAACGUAGUAACUGUAUUUCCUACUGAAACAGCUGAAGAUCUGUGUAUCAGACUGUACUCAGUUUUGAUUAUUGGGUUUUAGCACUUUAAUGAAAGUAAUAUGACCCUUAUUUUGUAAUUUUUCUUGCCAUUUUUCCAUGUGCAGCCACAGCUGUUCUAACUUCUUUCAGAAGUUGUUUUUAAUUAGAUUAUUUUAGUUAAAGUUUACUUCCCAAUUCUUUU